GCACCUGGCUCUCGCUCCCGUACCAAGAUGGCGGCAGAAGCAGCUGGUGGGAAAUACAGGAGCACAGUCAGCAAAAGCAAAGACCCCUCGGGGCUGCUCAUCUCGGUGAUCAGGACUCUGUCUACCAGUGAUGAUGUUGAAGACCGAGAAAAUGAGAAAGGUCGCCUUGAAGAAGCCUAUGAGAAGUGUGACCGUGACCUGGAUGAAUUGAUCGUUCAGCACUACACAGAAUUGACCACAGCCAUUCGCACAUACCAGAGUAUCACAGAACGCAUCACUAACUCGAGGAAUAAAAUCAAGCAGGUCAAAGAGAAUCUGCUUUCCUGCAAGAUGCUGCUGCAUUGCAAACGGGAUGAACUUCGUAAGCUAUGGAUUGAAGGAAUUGAGCAUAAGCACGUCCUGAACCUACUGGAUGAAAUUGAGAACAUCAAGCAAGUGCCUCAAAAGCUGGAACAGUGCAUGGCCAGCAAGCACUACCUCAGCGCCACUGACAUGCUGGUGUCAGCAGUGGAGUCUCUGGAGGGCCCACUGCUCCAGGUGGAAGGACUCAGUGACCUCAGGCUGGAACUUCACAGCAAGAAGAUGAACCUGCACUUGGUUCUCAUAGAGGAACUGCACCGCCAUCUGUAUAUCAAAUCCACCUGCAGGGUUGUACAGCGUAACAAGGAAAAGGGGAAGAUGAGUUCUCAUGGCAAAGAUGCCUCUCCUGGUCCUCUGAUUGAUGUUUCAAACAUCCCUACUCCACGAAAAUUCCUUGAUGCCACUCAAUAUUCUGCUGCUGGAGGCUCAAGUGUGAGAGAGAUGACCCUGCAAGACAUCAAGGAGGACUUGGAGUGUGAUCCAGAGGAGAACAGUGCUCUUUUCAUGGGAAUUCUUAUUCAGGGACUGGCCAGACUGAAGAAGAUCCCUGAGACGGUUAAAGCCAUUAAAGAGCGUUUGGAACAGGAGCUAAAGCAGAUUGUAAAGAGGUCAACCACCCAGGUAGCAGACAGUGCCUAUCAGAGGGGAGAGAGCCUCACUGUGGACAACCAGCCAAGGUUACUUCUAGAACUGCUGGAACUGUUGUUUGAUAAGUUUAAUGCUGUAGCCACUGCACACUCUGUGGUUCUGGGGUACCUUCAGGACUCUGUUGGGACUCAGCUAACACAGCAGGAGGAGAUCAAAUUAUAUGACAUGGCAGAUGUGUGGGUGAAGAUCCAGGAUGUGCUGCAGAUGCUGUUGACUGAGUACUUGGAUAUGAAGAACACUCGAACCGCCUCAGAGCCAUCAGCUCAACUAAGCUAUGCCAGUACUGGACGAGAGUUCGCAGCCUUUUUUGCCAAGAAGAAACCACAGAGGCCAAAGAAUUCUCUUUUCAAGUUUGAAUCGUCCUCCCAUGCUAUCAGUAUGAGCGCCUAUCUCCGAGAACAGAGAAGAGAGCUCUACAGUCGGAGUGGAGAACUUCAGGGAGGUCCUGAUGACAACUUAAUUGAAGGUGGAGGAACAAAAUUUGUCUGCAAACCUGGAGCCAGAAAUAUUACUGUCAUAUUCCAUCCAUUACUGAGAUUUAUUCAGGAGAUUGAGCAUGCCCUGGGACUUGGCCCUGCCAAACAGUGUCCUCUUCGAGAAUUUCUCACCGUGUAUAUCAAGAACAUCUUCCUUAAUCAGGUCUUGGCUGAGAUCAACAAGGAGAUUGAAGGCGUCACCAAAACCUCAGACCCCUUGAAGAUCCUAGCUAAUGCCGACACCAUGAAGGUUCUGGGAGUGCAGAGGCCUCUCCUGCAGAGCACAAUCAUCGUGGAGAAGACAGUACAAGACCUAAUGAACCUUAUGCAUGACUUGAGUGCGUAUUCAGAUCAGUUCCUCAACAUGGUGUGUGUGAAGCUCCAAGAGUACAAGGACACAUGCUCCACAGCCUACAGGGGCAUUGUCCAGUCAGAAGAGAAACUUGUCAUCAGUGCAUCUUGGGCAAAAGAUGACGAUAUCAGCAGACUCUUGAAAUCGCUGCCAAACUGGACUAACAUGGCUCAGCCCAAACAGCUACGGCCUAAGAGGGAGGAGGAAGAAGACUUCAUAAGGGCAGCCUUUGGCAAGGAGUCUGAAGUCCUGAUUGGGAACCUCGGCGACAAACUCAUUCCUCCACAAGACAUCCUCCGUGACGUCAGUGACCUCAAGGCCUUGGCCAACGUGCACGAAAGCCUGGAGUGGCUGGCGGGUCGCACAAAGUCAGCCUUCUCCAACCUUUCUACAUCCCAGAUGCUUUCCCCUGCUCAAGAAAGCCACGUGAACAUGGACCUUCCCCCAGUGUCUGACCAGAUCAUGCAGACACUGAGUGAGCUUGCCAAGUCCUUCCAGGACAUGGCAGACCGCUGCUUGCUCGUCUUGCAUCUGGAAGUGAGAGUUCAUUGUUUCCACUAUCUCAUCCCUCUGGCAAAGGAGGGGAACUAUGCCAUCGUUGCCAAUGUGGAGAGUAUGGAUUAUGACCCUCUAGUGGUCAAGCUCAACAAAGACAUCAGUGCCAUGGAAGAGGCCAUGAGCGCCAGCCUCCAGCAACAUAAGUUCCAGUACAUCUUUGAAGGUCUGGGACACCUCAUCUCCUGUAUCCUCAUUAAUGGGGCCCAGUACUUCCGGCGCAUCAGUGAGUCUGGCAUCAAGAAAAUGUGUAGGAACAUUUUCGUUCUUCAGCAGAAUUUGACCAACAUCACCAUGUCACGGGAGGCAGACUUGGACUUUGCGAGGCAGUACUACGAGAUGCUGUACAACACAGCCGAUGAGCUCCUGAACCUGGUGGUGGACCAGGGUGUGAAGUACACAGAGCUAGAGUACAUCCACGCCCUGACCCUGCUGCACCGAAGCCAGACGGGUGUGGGGGACCAGACCACGCAGAACACCAGGCUGCAGAGACUCAAGGAGAUCAUCUGUGAGCAGGCUGCCAUCAAGCAAGCCACCAAGGACAAGAAAAUAACCACUGUGUGAUGGCUGCACCUCGCUGGGUGUGGGUGGGGCUCACAGUGUGCAUGGCCACAGGCUCUAGCUAUGCAGCAGAGCCUGAGCUGACUGUGCUCGGUCUACACUGAUGCUUAGUGGGUAGGCGGUGGAUUAUUUUCUCUUUAGUUUUGCUUUUCCAUAUGAAUGCUAAGAAAGUUUGCAGUACAGAAAGUUUUGCCUAACAACCACUUUAGUCUAUUCCCAAGGGAUGAGGGUGGGACAGGGAGGAGGCCAUGUCAAGGUGCUGGACUCUGAGAAAGGAAUGAAGGAAAGCCCGACUGCCACCUAAAUUUUAGGACCAUCCUGAAAUACUUAAUAAGGCCUGUGGUAUUACCAGUGGGCUUUCUCUGGUCUUAGCCUUGUCAGUUCAUAAUUUAGUGUGGUAAGUAUAUGCACAUUGCUUUGUCUCCAUUGCCAAAAUCAAGUAAGUGCAUCUCAGCUGCCUUCCCAGCCCAAAACAGAUCUCUGUAAGGCUGGGAGUUAGCAGUCCUUCAUCCCAACCCUGGGACAGACUGCAUGCAAGAGCAGGAUUGUCUGCAGGUUACUGGUUGAUCAACACCCACACAUGAAAGCUCAUAACCCUGUGUAACUUCAACUUCAUCUCACCUGAGGCCCUCUUAGUACUGCAUGCACGCGGUGCACAGACAUACAUUCAGGCAAAAAUACUCAUACACAAAGUAAGAAAAGAAAAAUCAUCAUAAAACUAUUGCUAAAAAUUAGUAGGGAGGGAGAAAGGUGACUCACUGUUGGAAAACUUCCAUCUCACACACCAUCCGGGGUAAAUUGUAAGAGGCAUCCUCAUGCUCCCAUGCACACUGUCUUAGUGACUUGGCUUGUUGCUGUGACAAAACACUCUUCGACACAAGCACCUCAAGAAAAGAAGGUUUAUUUGACUAACCUCACAAGGUACAGCCCAUCAGAGCAGGAAUGGUGACAGCAGGAGCCCGAGGCAGGGGUCACACUGCAUCAGGCAUUCAAGAAGCAUGGAGCAGAGCAGUGGAUGCUGUGUCCAGCCAGCUUCCUCCUUUUCAGGCAGUCCAGGGAAUCAGCCCACUGAGUGGCUCUCCCACAGUCAGAGUGGGCCUUCCAACCUCAAUUAAUAUAACUCAAAUAAUUCCACAUAAGCAAGGUCUUUAAAACACUGACCAAAAUCAAUACAUGCACACACCAGGUACACAGACACACAAAAAUAAAAAUAAUUUUUAAAAAAUUUUGACAAUGAAAAAGUAAAUCAAUUGUUAUUAUAAUAAACAUUGAAACUACUGAAAAAUUGAGAGAGGACUGAAGCAGUACCAAUAUUUUCUGUAAAGCAAUGCAGCUCAGGUCUGCUUGGCUGAGAGCAGGGAGACAGGACAUUUCCCCACUCAGCUGCCUCUGGAGCCUCUUUUUCUGUUUGUUGGUUUUUGGUUUUUUGAGGCAGGAUUUCUCUGUCCUGAGCUCACUCUAUAUAGACCAGGCUGCCCUGGCCUUGAACUCAGAGAUCCCCUUGGGAUUAAAGGUAUGCACCACCACAGCCAGCUGCUAAGCUGGGGUUUUUUGACUUGCUCUUUCCUGACUUGGGUGCCUGCAGUGCUCCAGGCCCUGCCCCAGGCCCCCAAGUCCUCUUGCUAUUCAAGGUUCCUAGGUCACAGGAAGCAACAGUUUAUCAACAAGGAUUCCUCUUGACCACACAAGGGGAGAAGAGCCAGAGGACUGGCCACUCAAGGUCACUGUCAGACCCGAGGGAGGGACUUUUCACACUUGUUUCUAACAACUUUGCUCUGGAUGGGAAUAACCAAAAAGUAAAAACUGCUUUGAGAUGCUUAAAUACC